UAACCUAACCACUUGUCAAGUUUGUUUUGACAUUUAGAGGUUAUGUUGUUGGUGGAAGAAUGUAAAAUUCAGUAAAACACUCUUUAAUUAAGCAAAAAACUACACAUAUUAGCGAGGCACAAGUAAAAUUUUGUAGUCAACACUUGCUGGAGUGCCUCACCAUGGGCAAAAAAGACAAGAAGGGGCGUAAGCGCUACGAAUCGAGCUCGGACUCCGAGUCCGUGGACAGUGAGGAAGAAGCUCGUCGUAAAGACCUGAAAGAACGUGACGAGUUCGCUAGUAGACUCAAAAAACGCGAUGAAGCCAAAGUCCGCAACAUUGUCCAGGCCUCAGACCGGCGCGCUUACGAGGAAGCCGCCAAGAGACUCAAACUGGAAACUGAAGACCGCGAAAAAAUGAUCCCCGCCUUGAGGGUGCAGUCAAGACGUAAAUAUUUAGAGAAACGUAAAGAUGAUAAAAUCGCGGAAUUGGAGGAGGAUAUCGCUGACGAUGAGUAUUUGUUCGAGGAGGAGAUAUUAACAGAACGUGAGAAAAAGGAGCGCGACCGUAAGCGGGAAUUGCUGCGGUUGGCACAGGAACAUGAAAAAGCGCGUGAAUUGGAAAGGGUGCAGCGGUACCACAUGCCCAGGGAUUUGGGCAAGGGGUCAACAGCGGACUAUGUGGAAGUUGAUGAGCUGGAAAAGGUGCCCCAGUCGGAGCAGAAGAAAUGGGAGAAGGACCAAAUGGCGUCGGCGGUCUUCAAGUUCGGGGCCAAGGAUUCAGCCAAGAAGGACGAGUACGAUUUGUUGCUGGAGGACCAGAUUGACUUCAUCCAAGUCUUGCAAAUGCCAGGCACACGAGAGAAGAAAGAGCCCGAACUAACCGAAAAGGAAAAAAAGAAGCUCGACAUCCAAGAAACGAAGAAAAACCUCCCAGUCUACCCGUUUCGCGACGACUUGAUCCAGGCCGUCCGCGAGCACCAGGUCCUAAUAAUCGAGGGUGAAACCGGCUCUGGAAAAACAACCCAAAUCCCGCAGUACUUGCACGAAGCCGGCUUCACCAACGACAAUAAAAAAAUCGGCUGUACGCAGCCACGCCGUGUCGCCGCCAUGUCGGUAGCGGCCCGCGUAGCCCAAGAAAUGGAAGUCAAACUCGGCAACGAAGUCGGUUAUGCGAUCAGAUUCGAAGAUUGCACAUCCGAACGUACAAUCAUCAAAUACAUGACCGACGGCACGCUCCACCGCGAAUUUUUAUCCGAGCCCGACCUGCAGUCCUACAGCGUCAUGAUCAUCGACGAGGCCCACGAGCGGACGCUACACACGGACAUUUUGUUCGGUCUGGUCAAAGACAUCGCCCGGUUUCGCCCCGACUUGAAACUGCUGAUUUCGAGCGCAACGCUCGACGCGCAAAAAUUCUCCGAGUUUUUCGACGAUGCGCCCAUUUUCCGCAUUCCAGGCCGGAGGUUUCCGGUGGAUAUUUACUACACUAAGGCGCCAGAGGCCGAUUAUGUGGACGCGUGCGUUGUUUCCGUUCUACAAAUUCACGCGACUCAACCGUUAGGGGAUAUUCUUGUUUUUUUGACCGGUCAGGAUGAGAUUGAGACGUGUCAGGAGUUGUUGCAGGAUCGGGUUCGCCGGUUGGGCUCCAAAGUCAAGGAACUGAUUAUUCUGCCCGUUUAUGCGAACCUGCCAAGCGACAUGCAAGCGAAAAUUUUUGAACCGACGCCUCCAGGGGCCCGGAAAGUUGUGCUUGCGACAAAUAUAGCGGAGACUUCUUUAACGAUAGACAAUAUAAUCUAUGUUAUUGAUCCCGGUUUUGCCAAACAAAACCACUUCAAUUCGCGGACUGGGAUGGAGAGCCUGAUUGUGGUGCCAAUUUCGAAAGCCUCGGCUAAUCAGAGGGCUGGGAGGGCUGGCAGAGUGGCGGCCGGGAAGUGUUUUCGUUUGUACACCGCCUGGUCCUACAAGCAUGAACUGGAGGACAAUACCGUGCCGGAAAUACAAAGGAUUAAUUUAGGCAACGCUGUACUGAUGCUGAAAGCGUUGGGGAUUAACGAUUUGGUGCAUUUCGAUUUUCUUGAUCCGCCACCACAUGAGACACUUGUUCUGGCACUGGAACAGUUGUAUGCUUUAGGGGCGUUGAACCAUCACGGGGAGUUGACGAAGUUGGGGCGCAGGAUGGCGGAGUUUCCGGUUGAUCCGAUGAUGGCCAAAAUGUUGUUAGCUUCGGAAAAAUACAAAUGUUCAGAGGAGAUUGUGACUAUUGCGGCCAUGCUUUCGGUCAAUGGGGCGAUUUUUUACAGGCCCAAGGAUAAAAUUAUUCAUGCUGACACGGCACGCAAAAAUUUUAAUCACAUAGGGGGUGACCAUCUGAGCUUGUUAAAUGUGUACAACCAGUGGAGGGAUUCCGAUUAUUCCACCCAAUGGUGCUACGAGAAUUUUAUACAAUACAGAUCUAUGAAAAGGGCUCGCGAUGUGAGGGAACAGUUGGUCGGUUUAAUGCAAAGGGUUGAAAUCGACAUGGUGUCAAAUAUAACCGAGGCUGCAGACAUUAAAAAGGCUAUAACCGCCGGUUAUUUCUACCACAUUGCUCGGUUAUCCAAAGGAGGGACUUACAAAACCGUUAAACAUAAUCAGAGUGUCACAAUACAUCCCAAUAGUGCCCUUUUUGAGGACUUGCCAAGAUGGGUUCUUUAUCACGAGCUGGUUUUUACCACCAAAGAGUUUAUGAGACAAGUUAUAGAAAUCGAGAGUAAGUGGCUUUUGGAGGUUGCACCUCAUUAUUACAAGCAGAAGGAACUGGAGGAUUCUACCAACAAAAAAAUGCCAAAGACUGUCGGGCGUAGCACCAGAACUGAAUAAAGAUUUUUUAGAACCGAAA